AUGGAAGAGGGUGUGAGAUCAGGGGGUGUGUUGAAGAAAAAGAGCUCAUCUGGUUGUUUGAUUAUCAAAAAGAAAGGGGAUGGGAUGGGUGGGGUUGGUCCGUCGGGUUCACGUAAAGAUAAGAAGAGGUCUAGAUUAAUUCGUAGGGAUUCGGGGUCGAGUGAUGAGUUACUAGAGCCUAGUCGGAGGAAAGUAACAGGAAAGUGUCAUAAUGGCUCGGUUGAAUUUAGAAAGAAUAUUGUGGACAAUAGAGAAUUUGUUAGGAAUGGCGAAUUUGGAAGUGAAGAGACAAAGGGAAGUAG